AUGUCGCUGUUUCAUCCACAAUGUUCGAAAAAACUUGAAAUUGCAAAUCACAGUCCCAUUUUAUACGUUCAAGUUGUUGAGAAUAAAGGAAGAAUAAACGUUAUUGAAGACGUUGGUAAAGGAAACGCAUUAGUUUGUAGAGUUCAACAAUUUUUUGUGAAAAUGGUAAAAAGUAUGAACAAUGUUUUAUAUCGGAUAACUAUGAGGAUAAUAAAAAGAAUGGAAACACGGCUUCGACGGAGCAAGGGAGAGCCGUCACAGAUACCAUUUUUUGAUAAUAAGACUAUCGAGGGUUGUCUCUCGGAUAGUACCAUUGAUCAAUUAUUAAAAUACUAUGAUCAAGCUUUCAAAUACAAUGAAUAUAACUUAGAUGUUAUCGAAAAAGCUGAACUCGAGUUUGAUAAUACCGCGAAUGUGAUAGAUAUGACUAAACGUACCAUGAAUUGUGCCGGUAUUUGGCCAGAAAAUACGAAUGAGCCUAAGUUUAUAUUUUUUGCAACAUAUUUGACAAUACAUUGUUCAUUAGCUAUCAUCGAUAUAACGAUGAAUAUAUCGAAUUUAACUUAUAUUGUUGGAUGUCUAUUGGAAAAUGUAUUCAAUUUGAUGGCACUAUUGAAAAUAUGCAUUUGUAGGAUUAAAAAAAAAUCAUUGGCAAGAUUGUUGGAAGACGUCAGAACCGAUUUUGUUAUUGACAAUUAUAACACCCUUGAUGAGAAAAUAGCAUUUUUAAGUUAUAAUAAAUUUAGUCGUAAAUUCGUUAGGUUGACCUUGAUCGUAUGUAUAGCUGGUGCAUCGUCCUAUUACUUCAUGUCAUUAGUGAAUAACGUUGAAAUGGUAUUUAGAAACUCAUCUUAUGGAUACCGAUUGCCGUAUAGAGUAUGGCUGUUAAUUGAGCCACACGAUUUCAUAACAUACAUCUGCCUGUCUUGUUAUCAAUUUAUUAUUAUACCAAGUAUUGUAUUUGGUUACGUUGGUACUGAUUGUCUCUUCGUUAGUUUGGUACUUCACGUUAGUGGAUUAUUCUCUGCAUUGUCUUGUAAGGUCAAACAUGUACUGGAUGAUCCAUAUGAUAGACAACGUCGCAUGAAAGAUCUAAUUGUUAAACACAUACGAUUAAUCAGAUUGUCGGAAUCAUUGGAGGAUGAAUUUAAUUUAGUAAUAUUACAACAAUUGGUUGGUAAUACUUUUCAGCUUUGUUUAUUGGGAUAUGAUGCUCUUGCUAGUACAGCUGAGGGGGAGGGGAGAAUGUUAGUCGCAUUCUUUCUAAUCCUUGCCUGCGUGUUUAGCACACUUUUAGCUUACUGUUACAUGGGAGAAUGUCUUAUAAAGGAGAGCUCCGUCUUAGGUGACGCAUUUUAUCACUGCGAGUGGUACAACAUCUCGAGAACGGAAAAAAAAUUAAUGCACAUUUGUAUGAUGCGUUCGACGAAAUUUAUGCGACUUACUUCCGGUAAAUUUUGCACCUUGUCACUGAACACUUUUACCGACGUUCUGAAAACAUCGAUGGCUUAUUUUUCGGUACUGCGGACAUUCGUUUGAAAAAGAAAUCAAAUCGGCUUCGAUUUAAAAUACUUAAUG